AGAAGGCGCAUACUUUACUGUGUAAACGGACAAUACUUGGAAAUUGCUGACAACGGUCACGUGAGAGGUACAAGUGACAAGCGCAGUCCAUACGGUAAUGGGGAGAUAUAGCAUUUAGAGAGCUUAAGCAACCGCGGAGAAGGCGGAACGAGAACUUGCGUCGAAAAAGCUGAAAUUGGUCAUAUGAGCGAUACAACAACACUACACGUGCCCCGCACGUGCGUCACACUUUUCGAUACAUUUCCCUCACAUCCACUGAAUGACUACAACUGGAAACUUCCUAAAACGACGUUUUGUAGAGAACGUGAACACACGUAGCCUCCCACGCAGGCGUUUUUAGGGGAGCUCGUUUGUGGGGAGGGAUGAAAAACGAGCUCCCCUAAAAACGCCUGCGUGGGAGACUAGAACACACGACGAUGAAUUUUCCUUUCUCUGUUUCAAAGAACGCAAAUUCAUUUUUCUCGUUAGGUUCACACGGCCGUUAUAGUCGUGGUUGCUUACGCUAGACUACAACGACAAUGUCAGAGAAAUGCCAAGUUUUAUGAGCAAAACAACCACUCUGAACGUGCAUCACUUCUUUCGGUAUAUUAAUUUACCGUCAUCUUUCGUAACAAAGACGUGAAGAGAGAAAGCGAAAGAGCACUUAAAUGUGUGUAAUGCAACUUAUUUAACUGAGAUAAAUUCAAGCAUUAUUUAAUGGAAACCCAUGUCCCCUACCUGGGCAGGGGGAGGGGGGUACUCGCAAUAUUGGCCUUUACUGGGGCACCUUUUCAGACUUUAAGUUUAUGAAAGGGUAGGGAUUUGAGUUGCUGAAAUAUAUGAAAGGGUUGGGAAAUCUGUCAUUGCAGUCUAUGAAAGACCCAAAAGGGCUGACAGAUAGAAAUUAUGGCUGUGAAAAAGUGGAGAAAACGUUCUGGUUUUGUGCCUUAUUUAUAUUUUAUCGACAGUGCAUUUACAGCAGUGAGAGCGAUUUUCGUAUGACUUUGAAAAAUGGUUUCGAUAGGUGUUCAUUAUUUGUUUUAUCAGCCAAUGGAUGAAAAGAUCAAAACAUGGACUCUUUGUUUUCCCGCCAAAGAAAACCCUAUUACGGAGAAGGUAUCGUUCGAUUGGCCAAUCGUGUUGCAGUAUAACGUCAAAGCAAAGUAUCAAUUGAUUUCAAGAAAGUUCUCGGGCAUGAUUUUUUUUCACCCGAGCGUUCGCUUAACCAACCAAAAGCCACGCGCGUUUGUCAGAUCUGUUCGAUAAACCAAUCAAAUCGCACUAUUUCCGUUCGUUUGUUGUUUCUGCUUUGUUCGCGCGUUUUCAUUUCAACUAUACGAAAAUCGCUCUAAAAGAAUGCAAAAUUUUAAACUAGGUGUGUGAAAGGGGUACCAUUUUUCAAUAGAUGGUACCUUUUCUUUCAAGAAUGGUGUGUAAAAGGCUAAGGGGUUGAAUUUCGGGGCGGAGCCUCCCCGUACAAAACUUUGUUACGUACCCACCGGGGUCUCCUAUGAGGGUCUCAAUGGGGUUAACCGAUAGCCGUAAAACGGCCAAAAAUUUAGUCGAUAGCCGUAAAAAUUGAAAAAUUUUAACCGUUAGCCGUAAAUAGAGUAAAAAAGAGUUAACCGUAAAAGAAAUUGUUCCCUAGAUUUGCCACUUUUAAGGGAGUUACAAAACUCACUUAUGGUUGCGUUUUUUAUUUCCCGGCUAGUGAGACUCCGUACGCACGUUAGGCGAAGCGCCUUUUAGGUGUUGACCAAGACCUAGGCUCCAUUCAGUCCAUUUCCUCCACUCUCUCGGGGAACUAAUUUUUUCCAUAGCGAAAGUGUGGCUUCUUGCUGGGGAUUAAUAUUUGCUAUUUUCAGGAGGUCUUGCCCUCAAAACACUAGUGAAACAACACGCAGAGAUGUCACUGUUUGUAAAACACGUUGCCGAUAAACAACAUUUCCCUGUUUUUCUCGGACGCUACGGUAGACAUUGCCGUCCCUGUACGGCGUCUUCCCACGCAGUCUCGGUCAAGGCAUUUCGGUGGCGAACUCGCUAGGACCACGUGACGCGAAACGCAUUAGCCGCGCGGAAUAAUGAGGCCUACGGACAAGGCAACGGUAGACAGUCGUUCCGUACAGUCCUUCGCUAUCAUUAAAAACACCGGACACGGGAAUUUUGUUAUUGGCCGUUUUCACGCUAGAGCUAGAGAUGGAUUAUCCGUCUGAGACUAGCCUGUGUAAAGUAGCGCCCUCCUCACAGACGUACACCCCUUCUCCGAUUUUUUCUGAGGGGAGGGGGCGGCUGUACACAGGCUAUCUGGAACGGAUAAUCCCGUCUUGAAACUGUCCGUCGAAAUUGACGGAUAAAGUCAGGCGGAUUGUUCAUUCAAAAUUAAAACUAUUCCAUUUUCAAAUUACGAAGUAUUACCUACCUGACGCGAAUCAUCAAACGGAUAACCCGUCUCACACGAGUAAUCCGUCUCUAGUAUGAAAACGGCCAUUUCUGUUAUAAUGAAUGUCGCGCCCCGGCCUUGAGUUGGGCGUUUGCGUGUCCGCUUUUGCUUUUUCACAAAGAUUAUUUUUAAAUUGACUAUUGACAUUUCUAUGUACAAAAUAAUAUUAGAAGUGAAAUACUUCAUAAAAAGAAUGAUCUAUCAAAUAUUAAAAUUUUUCAAAAGAAUAGUUUGUUUCAUCCCGAGAUGAUCUGAAGACCUUAUUUGAGGGUCUGGAUGGGGCUAACUGACAACUGACAAAUGGCCAAAAUUUUAACUGACAACUGACAAAUAGACGAAAAUUUAACUGACUACUGACAUUUGCCUUGGGUUUUACUGACAAAACCCAAAGGACCUGAUUGUCCGGCCUUUGUUUCUACACCCGUUUUUAAGACCUUAAAUAGCAUUGUUCCACUCUUUUCAUCAGACAAUGUGAUCAAAUGUGCGUUUUUAGGGGUAAUCUUAGCAGCAAGACGCUUAAGUGUCAUACUUCGUCAAUGAUUUUACUGUAAAACCCAUGUGUGUCAUGUAUCAUCUGUUGUAAAUGACCUAUGAUCUCCAAUUUACGCUCCUCUGAAUGGCUGAUCAGAAUGAGGGAUUUGUGAGUCAGGCGUGAGAAAUUGUCCUUGAUGCGUGAGAUCGUUGUCUUUAGUCCAUAGUCGUAAGACUCACGCAUAAUGCGUAUACAAUAUUGUGAUGUUAUAAAUUUUGAUUGGCUUAAUGAUUGGCUGCUAUGUUGGACUCUGGCAGCAAAAACGUUUGAGUGGAGGAGAGUAACACAAGACUUGGGAAAAAGGAGGGCCACUUGAAAUGCUUACAAUAGCAAAACUGAUUAAAAAUUAAGGUACUAUUGCAUCAGUUUUGGAAUUUAAUGUUUAAUGUACAUUAUAUGUGCCUUUUAAGCCAAAUGUUGCAUUAAAAAUAUCCAAAUAAGUUUCAUAGUUAAUCAUUAAUAACCAUUUAACUGACAACUGACAAAAAGCCCAACAUUUAACUGACACCUGACAAAUGGCCGAAAUUUUAACCGACAACUGACAUUUGUACCUCCCCCCCAUCCAGACCCUCUUAUUUCGAUUUAAAGAUACAAAAAAUACAGGUUAAAUAAUAUUUAACUUUUUGAAACUAAAGAAGUUAAUUUUUAACUUUUUUGUUAACCGUAACUGAAAAAAAUUAACCGAUAGCCGUAAAAUAGCCAAAAUUUUAGCCGAUAACCGUAAAAGCUACCACCCCAUUGAGACCCUCUCCUAUAGCCCAUGGUUGGGGUUGAAAGAAGGAAUUCUGGGAAGGGUGUGAUCUGCACAUAACUCAACGUCAUAUGCCUUUUGUUUGAUUGUUUAGCCGUGCUAGAACUUGCGCCAGUAGCAAGAGACCUCAUCCACAUAAAAGGUGUUCACACUGGAUUCUAUCUCGCAGUAAACAAACAUGGCCACGUUUACACCACGGUACGUUUUACGGUUAAAAUGUUCUCCGCUUUCGAGGGCAGAGAUAAGAAAGGGAUUCUCUCUAACUUUCAAGCUUGAGGGCUGAACCCAAAUCAGUUCUUCUUUUCAUUAUUUCACAAAAUGUAAUUUGGGGUUUUGAGUACUUAGGAUUAUAAAGGGUGUAAAUCCAGGAGGGAAAAAUAUCUACAGACCAGUAGGGUCCGCUAGGUGUCCUAUGGGGUUUUCCGUGAAGACAAAGUUUACCCUAAAAUUGAUUUUAACGGUAAAGCAUUGUUUGCAUGGUAGCCACUCGAAAAAGAGGGAGAGGGGGAAAAAAUCAAUUCGCAAUGUCACGCACCCGUAGUGUCCUACAACCUCCUAACAGUCUAUUGUAAGUAGGUUUGAUUCUCAGAGAAUUUACCAUUGGUCGUGUUUUCGUAAGUAUUGUGUUAACUCGAUUUAACGCCGCCCCCAAUCAGAAGAAUGCAACCUUUUCUUCGAAGAUUAUAGGGAAAAAUCUCGGUACAACUUAGACUACGAGCAGUCUCUCUUGUUUCUUAGUCCCCCCGGGCGGAUCACGCGAGACACACAAAUGACCGUGCGCGUGCACUUCCCUAGUCUCCCUCGCAGCCGUUUUUGGAUGUCACGCAACGCUCCCCUAAAAGGGAGAGCGUUGCGUGACAUCCAAAAAACGGCUACGAGGGAGAGUAGUACUUCCCUUGCUAAAUCUGAAAAAAAGAGAGAGACUAUUCGCAGUCGAGGUACAACUUGGCAAUUGACACUAUCCAGACAAUUACAAAAAAGCGAGACACGGGAAAUUUAAACAUCUUUCUGUUUUACAUAAUUUUCACAAAUGAUUCAUCGUAAUUGUCUCAGUGAUUUACAGUGCGACUCCUCGAACCGGGGCACUUGGAAGAAGAUUGUCCAAUCAGGGAUUUCUGAAAACGAAAGAUUCUCAAGUUUUUUGGCAGACGGACCAAUAAAAUUCAAGAUUCAUCUAUGCAACCGUUGAAAUCUUCAAAACCGUUUGAACUAAUCUGACCUCUCAGGAAGCAGCCCUCAAAUAAAUGAACGUUAUUGGCCAGCUUGCCUACUACCGUAAAAAUCUUUUGUUCUUAGAAAUCGUUGUGAUUGGACCAUCUUCUUCCAAGUGCCCUGGUUAGAGCAGUCGCACUGUAAGAGAUGUGAUUUUCAAAUAAACGCCGCAUCGGGAACACUAAAAAAUCUUAUAAACGCUCCGGCUCUUCAUCGGUAAUUACGUUUUCCGUUUAGUCCUUUUUUAUGUCUUAAGUCAUGAAUUUUGAGUCAGCUGGACAUUCUGUACCCGCCGAUUUCAGGGUGCCAGUUAGCGACGGUGUUUUCAGUUAAACUUUUGUUUUUUUUUUCGUGUCUCGAACAGGAAACGAUAAACGAAGAAUGUAUCUUCAGGGAAAAGUUGACAAGAAACUUUUACGACAAAUACUGUUCAUACAAACACAGUCAAAAGGAUCUGGCACUAGGGGUAAUGAGGACCGGGGCAGCAGUCAUCGCCUCAAAAAUGACGGGCUCAUACAAAGAAUACGAAAAUCAAUUUAUUACAAAGAAACUCUUUUAA